GCGGGUUUCCUCUCAAAAUCUGUGUGGUCCUUAACCAUAUGUCUGACGCCAUAUAACCGUAAAUAAAAUGUGUUGAGUGCGUCGUUAAAUAAAACAUUUCCUUCUUUCUUCUUCUUGUUAUCACCGUUUGAACUAAUAUUGUACCAUUAAAAAAUAAAUUAUAGAAUAGCCAUAGAAACACCCGCCAUACAUAUGUUUUCCUUAUUUUUUAGUUGACAGUGACGAAAUGCUAGCAUACCAUUGUAGAAAUAAUUAAAACACUGAUGAGAAAUCAAUAAUUAAUGAUAAUAUAAUAAUUUAUACAUGCAUGAAUCUAUUUUCAUUGUAAUUGUAUGUAUGUAUGUACGUAUAUGUAUGUUAUAUGUAUAACUAUACUUUAUAUGUAUAUCUAUACUUUAUAUGCAUAUGUAUACUUUAUAUGUAUAUAUUUAUGUGCCUGUGUAGGCUAUAUGUACUAUGUAUGUAUGUUUGUAAAUAUCUGCAUGUAAAAUUGCUUGGCAACACACCGACCCCCAUUACAGAUAUAUAUAUCGCCGCCUCGUUUACUUACACAGAAUAGUACUCAGUAUAGUAGACCUAUAGAUACAAAAAGUAACAUGCAUACGUGAACACAAAGAUCUAUGAAAGUACACACAGACAUCUGGCUAUGCGCAAUCAAACUUCGUUUGGGAAAUAAUUUUUUAAAGUCUUAUUAAUUAAAGCAUGACAAAUGUUGCUUUUUCUCAUUCUCAUUUACUGAAACGCUUCGGUGUCAAAUGGGGAUUGAUAGACAUCUGAGCAGCGAAGUGGAAAAGCGAAAUCGAGAUAUUCCAAAUUUGGAGCAAGUUAUGUCAGUUCCAUUCAAUACGGCCAUCGCCGUCUCACUUCUGCUGAUUGGACCAAACCUUUUGACAUAAGCGAAAUGGGCGUGUUUGUUUUCAUUGUGGCGUACGAAAUUAUGGGCGUCAACACUAGUCCGACUGUACAGUUGACGUCAACGGGAACCCAUGUUAGUUGCUAGGCAAUGACCGACGAACCAGUCAAAGUUGAGAACGAGCUGUCCAUCACGCUAUCUUGGCGCCUUUGUGAGACGCGCGAAAUGCCCACCCACGAUGGGACCAAUAGUUAGACAGAGGGAAAGAGAUCGGACCGUUUAGUCCCACGUGCACGGGUUGUUUGUGGUAGUUAGAUAGCAGUAGACAGGGUAGGAAAUAUGAAGAUGGAUUCUCAAACUCAACAAUCUUCACCAAAUAGUAACGAAGAAAUUCCUAAUGAUCCAGGCAAAAUGUUCAUUGGGGGACUGUCAUGGCAGACAACCGCAGAAGGUCUAAGGGAGUAUUUUAACAAGUAUGGCGAGAUCAAGGAAACCAUGGUAAUGAAGGACCCGACCACGAAACGAUCAAGGGGCUUUGGCUUCGUAACGUACAGGGAUACUUCUAGCGUAGAGAAGGUAUUAGCUAGUGGACCUCAUAUGCUAGAUUCCAAAACGGUGGACCCCAAGGUUGCUUUUCCAAGGAAGUCACAACAAAAGAUGAUAACACGUACCAAGAAAAUCUUUGUUGGUGGUUUAUCAGCUUCAACAACUAUUGAAGAUGUAAAAAAAUAUUUUCAACAAUUCGGAGCAAUAGAAGAUGGAAUGUUGAUGUUCGACAAGACAACAAACAGACAUAGAGGUUUUGGUUUUAUAACAUUUGAACAAGAAGAUGUUGUUGAAAAAGUCUGCGAGAUCCAUUUUCAUGAAAUUAAUGGCAAGAUGGUGGAGUGUAAGAAGGCCCAACCCAAAGAGGUGAUGCUUCCCACCCAGUUGGCAAGGGGUCGUGGGCUCGCCCGGGGGGCAUACGUGACGGAGGAUGGAGAGGUGGUAUGGGAGUUACCGAGCGAUAUUGUCAUGCCAGAGCUGUGCUACCUCCCGGCCGGAUUCCCAAGCUUUGCGACUGCGUAUGGGCGAGGAUUCCCCGCAGCCUUCAGCCCAGCCAGUUACUAUUACCCAGGGUUGCCAGUGGGUACUCCUCGUGGAAUUGGGGCCAGUGGUCAGGGCCUGGUUGGUCUUACCACUAGUGGGACGCCGGGCUUCCCUGGUUACGGCUUCCUGCCCGUUCCGGGCUCCGCGGGAGACAGGACAGCGUCUCCUGCGAUAUACGCUGAUUUCAGCGGUGCAGCGCAGAGUCAGGUCGCCACAGCGAUACAGAGGAGUGAGCACUCCCCACUCCCCAUGAGCAGCUCCCCGCUGCACCGGGACCCCCUGCAGAGAAACGCCGGACUUGUGUCGCUGAGCUCGCCGAUGGAAAUACAACAGAACCACUUGGACUUGUCUGCUGCUGCUGCAGCUAUGAUCAACAACUUCGGGCCUGCGGCAUUCCCUACAGUACAGUCGCCAAAUGGGGGGCGAGGUUUCCCCCCCACAAACAGCCCUGGCCCGCUAGAUCUAUACUCUGGGCAGGAGGCACUGAGCUAUGUCCAGGCCACGAGCCCACAACCAUCGGCAUUUGCCGUCAGUCGGGGUCCCCAACUGAUAGCAACCAGCUUCCAAAACGGUUACCACUGAGAUGCCCUCCAGAUGCAAGCAGAGUUUUGCAGGAUCUAUUCUGACUGGUCGGAACUUCUGAUGAGAUGGACUGCCUGCGAGGUUGUUACCAUGGAUAUGCACCCUUUGGUUCUCAAAACGGAGAUUGCCAUUCCUAGGGCUUUCUGUUUGAUUGUAGUGUUUGUCACUUGUUUGUUAUCAUGUGUAUAUAUAUAUAUAUAUAUAUAUACAUAUAUACAUAUAUGUACCGUACGUCCGUCAGUGUGUAUACAUAUAUUUCCUAUUCAAAACAACUAUUUUGGGUUAAUCAGUGCUUGAACCCACUUUUGAAAUUAUAAAUUUUGAAAACGAAAUCGUCCAUUGCUUUGUGUAUUGUUUUAGAGUAGAUGCAGUUACGACGUGUUAUUGAUGCCAACCACUAUAUGUAUGAAUAUAUUACAUGUACAUACCUAUAGGUUGCACAUGUACAUGGAUGUAUUUUUUGUUCAUUUUUUUAUCUUUUUUAUUCUUCCGUUCAUGACAAAUUUUAAACCAAGAUCUUAUUUUUUUCAUGUUUUCUUCUCAUGUACUUGUAUAUUUUACCAAACCACAUUUAUGUUUAACCUGUUAUAUUGCAUUGUCUUCGUUUUAACAUCAUUUUAUUGUGAACAUUUGUUUUAAUUUCUUGAUUACAGAAUAUAUACACCGUGUUGAUCAGUAAAUGUUUUGAUGUAAAUUAUGUCCACUCGUUGCGGUUCCUGACACGAACUCGACGGGUGAAAGCGACCAUGUCUUAGGUGUAAUGUACUAUUUUAAUUGUUUGGAAAUGUCAGUUUUUUUGAGAAAUUUACAAUGAAAAGCAAUAUACAUGUAUGAAGUUGUUGAUCUUAUAUCCACAUUGCAUGGUUGUAACAAUAUUUAUGCAUUUUAAUUACAUAUUUUAAUUGAAGUUUGUCCAUGUUGUUGUUGUCGAAUGGCAGGCCCACAAUGUAUUUUACCAAUAUAUGGUUGUUAUACGCAAAUGGGGUUUUAUUUAUGUUAGCAGCAAUGGGUAUGUUAAUAUGUUUGUACCACACAUAGGACUAUGUGUUGGGUUUACAUAGAAAAAAGACCGUAGGACUAUAUAGUUGUGUCCUGUCCUUCACAGAAAUCCUAGCUCUUGUUUUAAAUCUUCAGAAAAGUGUUCAUUAGAAAUAUUAACUUAUUUCAAACAUGUGAUAUUUUAAACAUGUAAAUUUGUUGAAAUUUUAAAGAUUGUUUUCACAUAUUUUAUUGCAAGUGUCAUUUGUAAAGAAAUUAAAUUUGAGAUUUCAUUUAGAAUUUGUAGUUAGUACAUAGGACCUGUUGUCUUCAGCUAUCCAUCCUAUCCACGAACAAGCAAGCUUUUAAGCAUUACAAAUAAGCUUUUAAGCAUUACGAACAAGCUUUUAAACAUUACAGAUAAGCUUUUAAGCAUUGCAAACAAGCUACUAAGCUUUACAAACAAGCUUGUACAAGCAGAUCAACUAUUAUCUCUUUUUUUUCUUGUUUGCUAUUGUUUAUUCAUGCAACACAAAUUCUUUAUCUGUAUUUUAUCUGGAUUUUGUGUAUUUUUAGACAUUUGAAACGUCUAUAUUUACAAUUUUUAAUUGAAAUUUGUUGUUUUAACCUAUGUGUACUUAUAUUGUGAGGUGUAUGUAUAUAAAUACCUAGUUUAGUUUUGUGUAGCUCAGCACCGUAAUGUACAUACACUUAUCAGAUUUACAUGAAUAAAUAAAUAUAUAUAAAUAAAUAAAAAAACAAAUAUGCACUACAUAUCUACAUCGUGGAUUGCUAAGGGUUUUGUUAUUGUAUAUUGGGUGAUAUGCUAAUUGAUGCAGUAGGUUCGAAUCCCAUUAACAUACACUUUGUUUUCAUUACAUGUCAAUUGUUUGUUAGGUUGACCACCUCCCCUAGAUUUGUAGUUUUGUCACGUCUACAUGAAUCAACACCUACAUACUUGACCCUUGCACUGUUUACAAAUUACACUUGAUUUUUCAGUCUUUUAUAGCACAACAAUUAAACACCAUACAGCAUCACAUGUGACUAAACGUUGUGCUAAAUCCCAAACCACUUAACACCAUGCAGCAUCACAGGCAACUGAAAAUUGUAAUACUAUAUCCAAGAUCACUGAACACUAUGCAUCAUCACCGGCAACUAAACAUUAUUAUACUAUAUUCCAGACCACUUAACACAAUACAACAUCACAGGCAACUGAAAAUUGUAAUACUAUAUCCAAGAUCACUCAACACUAUGCAUCAUCACCGGCAACAAAACAUUAUUAUACUAUAUUCCAGACCACUUAACACAAUACAACAUCACAUUCAACUAAAUAUUGUUAUACUAUUAAUUAUCAUAAUUGUUAUUUAUAUGAUGACCACAAAACAUUAUUAUACGACAUCAUAACCACUGACUUUUGUCAUUUCACAACCAGUUAUAUUAUUGUAUCACAGCUACAAAAUGAGAAAACUCUGUACUGUAUCACAAUCACUAAUAGUUUUAGGUUGGAACCACAAAAUGUAUUACUGAUGACCAUAAAUGUUUGUAGUAAAAUUCAACAACCAGUAAACAUUGUUAGACAUUAUGACGCCCCAAAAAUAUUGUUUCCUUGGUCAUUUACCAAAUUAGGUAAAAGUUUUCUGAAUAAACAAAUUCAGAUGUUUAGUAAAGUAUCUAAUUGAACACCACAAGAAUAAUUAGCUUACUGACUACAAUAAUUCAUGGUAUACCAAGCAAUAUACAAGUUUGUCCGUAACAUGCAAUUAAAAAAACAUAUAUAUCUAUUAAAUGGUGAAGUAAUGUGAUAACUUUUUUAAUAAAUGAACCAAGGUUAAUAUUUUUGACAAGUCAUUCAUUUGGGAGCAUUGUUUAUUACAUACUGGUACAUGAAAACUGUUAGAUAUAUGUUUAAGCAAUAACUAACUGAAUAAAGAAGUUAUUGUAAAUGAUGUCAUUACAUACGUGAAACAUUGUUUCUGUAUUUUAGUGUACCUGUGUCUAGGCAACACCGAAUCUGUACAACAAAACCAGUAACGUAUUUAAUAUUGUAUCUCUGUACAGGCAGGAGUUUAAAAGAAAUUUUGACAAGGUCAUGACGGCUCCCAUAAAUCACUUGUAAUGGCUCUGUGUUGUUUAUUCAUGUAUUUCUGACUUGUAUACCGUGUAUAGUUUGAUAUGUGUCUCUCGGGAGGUUUUACAUUGUGGCCCAGUUACCAAGCAAUUUGCAGCAGUUUUGUAUCAACAGGUUUGUUAUAUGUUUACAUAUACUGGACUAUAAUUCACCUUAUUUAGAGAUAAAUCUGUAUUUCCAUGUUAGUCAAGUCAGCUUGAUAUUGUGGUUAGAGUAACUUUGCUGGGGAUAGAAAAAUGUGUUGCUUUUGGUGGUUAAUUAAAAAUAAUUAACAUAUCUCUGACAAUGUUCAGCUUGAAGCACAUUUGUUCUAGUCUUGCACUAUAAAACAUGAUUUAACAUGUGUGAUGAUUGUAAAACCAUCAAUGCAUCAGAACCAUUAUGUUCAAUUCUGUUAAUGUUUAUAAAACUGAAUUAUGAAAGUUAAACAAUAUUCAUAGUUCUCUUGAAUAUACCCAAUACCAUUUACAGUAUAAAUUGUUUAUGUAUUUGAUUUUAUAAUGUAGGUUUACGCUAUUAACGACUUGAUGUGCAGUUUGAACCUAAAAAUGUAGAAUAAUGUCAAUAUUCUUAACACACACCAUUAUUAAUUUGAGGUUAAUAGCUCACCACUUUGAUACAUGUAUAUACAAAUAAACAAUGCUUUUCAAGAGAGUAGGUUUUAGAAAGAAAUAUUUAUUUCUUUUGGCAGCAACACUUAAAUGUUUAAAUAACAGGAAUUAGAUGUUGAAUGAAAUAUUUCUUGUAUUUGGCAGCAACUUUUAAAUGUCUAGGUAACAGAUUUUAUGUGUUGUGACUGUAGAACUCUGGUGAAAGCUGCUGUAGUUUGUUUGUCAACCGGGUCCCAGUGUACUUGUAUAAAUGACCAGCAACGAAACACGUUUAUUGGCAAAUCUUAAGUAGAUUCUAGAUAUAGAGAAUAUUAAAUAAACUGAUAGUGGACCUUCACUUUGACAAGAGAUGUAGUCAUGUGUGGAUUAGUUCUUAGAAAAAACUUACAGUAACAUUGGAAUGCACUGUUGUAAUCACUUUUACUCAUUAAUAGUAAACAUCAGUUUGUCUUAAUGUGUGUGCAUGCAUGUACCGGUAUGUACGUUACAUUUUGUUUUUACAAUAGUAAACUAGAUUUAGUUGUUUUCAAUUCAGUUCUGAAGGUUAGAUUUGAUGCUAACAUUAGCACAAACGUGUAAAUAUAUUGAUAGCUAUUUUUCUGAAUGUUUACUUUAAAAGUUAAGGAAACAACCUUGUAGAAUGAAGUUGUGUUUUAUGAGCGCUAUGAAAACAUGUUUUUAAAAUAGAAUAGAUUAAUAUUAGAUAGCUAUAACUAAUGGUUAAGUUUGGUUGUUUUAUUUAUAUACAAAAGUUAUUGCCAGUGGCUACAUCUCUUGUCAGAAGUGAUUGCUUAGAUCAGAAUGUGUUACGUCCAAAGUUGAUACUCAUUAUGUCCACACUUUGUUACCAUGGUUACACAGAUAGUUGACACCUUGUUUGUACAUAAGGAUUUUUACUGUUUUUCUUAUGGGUUUUUUUUAACUGGCAGCAUGAAAGUGAUAAUUAAUCUGGAUGUUACUGCUUUUGUCCAACAGACAAGUUCAGCUUUCAAUACAACAUUCCUCAGGUUGUGUAGUCUAGCGUCUAGCUUACUGACUGUCUGUCUGUCUGCUGUAGAGAGCUUAUCCAGCAGGCCAGCCAUCAACACAAGCAGUCGUGUGGCUGAUUGGUCGAUGAGACCAGUCAUUAACAGAAGCAAUCUUGUGGCUGGUUGGUUAAUAAGACCAGCCAUCAACAGAAGCAAUCUGGUAGCUGAUUGGUCAUUGGGGUUUACUGAUUGAAUUUUGGAACCUGGCUGCCAACUGGUGCACAAGUUUGUGAUUAGUUUGUGAUCUUGUUGCAGCUUGGUUUUGUAAUUUAGAUCGAUUUGUUACCAUACUGCUGAAUGGUCAACAAGGGUAACUGAUUAAUUUGUAAUCUGUUCACUGAUUGGUUGAAGAUUCCUGACUAGUUAGCAAAUAAUACAAUCCCAGGAAACGAUUGGCUAUCAUAUUUUAUGUUGGUUACUGAUUGGCUGGCUGCUGGAUAUGGUCUGUUUAGCUUUAUAGAUCUGAAUCGACUCUGCUAAAACAUUACCUUUCACGUGCAUUUAGUUGCAUAGGUCUUGCCAAAAGGAACACAGGGUGAUUUUGUUUUUGUGGAAUUAUGAUCUGGUAGUAAUGUAGGUCUAUUUAUCCCAGCAAACCAUUUACAAUUUUGUUGAUUGUUGUUUAAACUUCAUAAUAUCUCCAUUAACUAGUUACUGAUCAGUCAAACUGCUUUAUUUAUACCUGAACUGUAUGUUAUACUGUAGCAUCGUCAGUUUACUGUGUGUGUUUUACAAUAUGGAACUUGAGUCAUAACUGAAUCUCAUAUUGUUUCUCAGUGCUUUGACUUUAGUCAUUUACACUGUAUCAGGCCUGAUGCUUUAUAAACUGUGCAGUGUGGAUUCUGGCUCGAGGUCAAAUUGUGUCUUUAUGGUAUUAGUCUAGUGUUUACCAAUACACUUGAGUCGCUGUCCACAUUUUACAGGUUUGAUGGUAUUAGUCUAGUGUUUACCAAUACACUUGAGUCGCUGUCCACAUUGUACAGGUUUGAUGAGCACUGGCCUUGCAAAGACCAGUUUGUCAAUAUGCAUGCAAUUCUGGAUAGACUGUGGUAAAAAUGUCAACAGUUUAUGCCUCUUAAACAAAGAAAUUGAGGAAGGAAAACAAUAAGUUUGAUUCCAAUGUUUCAAGUUUUCAGAAGUUCAGGGUUGUCUCAUUUUUAUAAAACAGUUCUUUAAGCAUAUGGAACUUUAUACAUAAUGCAGAGGAUGGUAAAAUUACUUUUAUUCCAUUCUUUAGAUCUAAAAGUUCAGUUCGGUAAUUCUGCACUUUAAAAUAUAUUUAUUUACCUGCUAAAUUCUAUUACUUGAUAUAACAAAUUGCAGUCACAAAGAAAAUGUUUAAAAUUAAAAAUACAUUAUAUUUGAUAAUGGCAGUAUGAUAUAUGUAUUGCAAUAAGAUUUUUAUCUUAAAGAAUAUAAAAGUCAAAAGGUCUUUUAUGAUAAAAGCAAUAUACCGGUAAGAGAAAAUAAUCUGUUAAAUGAAAUUGAAAAAAACAAAACCUAUUUAAUCAAGGAGUUUACCAUUUCGACAUAUUAAAGUAACACCCUCCUGGGCCUAAGAUUUGAACUGGUCCGAGAUAUACAUGUAGGAGAGUAUGGCCCUCCUGGGCCUAAGAUCUGAACUGGUCCGAGAUAUACAUGUAGGAGAGUAUGGCCCUCCUGGGCCUAAGAUCUGAACUGGUCCGAGAUAUACAUGUAGGAGAGUAUCACCCUCCUGGGCCUAAGAUCUGAACUGGUCCGAGAUAUACAUGUAGGAGAGUAUCGCCCUCCUGGGCCUAAGAUCUGAACUGGUCCGAGAUAUACAUGUAGGAGAGUAUGGCCCUCCUGGGCCUAAGAUCUGAACUGGUCCGAGAUAUACAUGUAGGAGAGUAUGGCCCUCCUGGGCCUAAGAUCUGAACUGGUCCGAGAUGUACAUGUAGGAGAGUAUGGCCCUCCUGGGCCUAAGAUCUGAACUGGUCCGAGAUAUACAUGUAGGAGAGUAUGGCCCUCCUGGGCCUAAGAUCUGAACUGGUCCGAGAUAUACAUGUAGGAGAGUAUGGCCCUCCUGGGCCUAAGAUCUGAACUGGUCCGAGAUGUACAUGUAGGAGAGUAUGGCCCUCCUGGGCCUAAGAUCUGAACUGGUCCGAGAUAUACAUGUAGGAGAGUAUGGCCCUCCUGGGCCUAAGAUCUGAACUGGUCCGAGAUAUACAUGUAGGAGAGUAUCACCCUCCUGGGCCUAAGAUCUGAGAGUGACAUGAUUAACUCUGCAUCCAGGUCUUCAUUAGUUCCAGAUUAAUUACAUUUGUGGACACGGUUCAAAUUAAUGACAUUUUUAUGUGAGGUUUGUGUCUCAGAUGGGUACUGAUUCUGUUGUUUUAGCAAGCUAAUACUGUUAUGUACAGCAAGUUUUCAUAUUUUGUUAUUAAAACAUGUUAUGUAAGUUUUUUUUAUGCAAGAUUUAACUACAAAUUUGUCAAGGUUUCAACAUCCUAAUUACUUUUGGUAAUAUUCUAUUUUUCAGCAAAUGAAAAUCAGGUUUUACAUCUUUUAUACAAUACAUUAAAUUAGUAGUUAAUUAGAUUUUUUAAAAACGUAAUUGUUUUACAUACACUAACCAGAGAAAAAACCUAGGUCAGUGGUUAGAUUUCCUAUUGUGUGAUUGAUUAACUAAUUAAAUAGAACUACUGUUGGUUUAUGUGGUAUAAAUGACAAAUACAUUACAGAAUUUGUUAUAUUACCAACAGCAUGUCUGUUAAACCAUUAUAAUGUCUUUUAAUUUUAGAAACUGAACAUGCUUCUUAAUUUUUGUAGUGUAGAAUUUGAGAGCAUGUUUUUGUCAUUUUCUAACAUUAAAAGAUGGAGCAUUUUAACAGGACCCGAAACCUUGACAGACUUGUAAAAAAAAUGUUUUUACUUACAUUAACUACGCAUUCUUUUCGACAGUGCUAUUUUUAGAGUGAUCUGUCUACCUCCUAUUUGAUUUUUGUACAUUUUGAGCAAUGAUGAAAAUAUGCAUAAACUAGACACUCUGUAUAUGUGGGAAGUAAAUCGACGUUGACAGCUUAGUUUAGACGUGUAUCAGUCCGUGUUGUAGACUCGUUAUCAUAGAGCCACAUUUACGAAAGGUGUUUAUCUCUUGGUCACUCGUAACUUUAUUAAAGAGCUACCGGUAUAUAUAUUUAACAGUUUCCAAUAAACGUGGGUGUUUAUUCACAUAUACAACUUAUUUUGCUGUGUAAUGGACAAUUUUAUAAAUUUUACAAUAGGGUGCAUUUUUAUAACUUUUAAAGCAAUUCGAACGCCCCGUGAUAUUGUAUGUCCAUACUUAUAAAACUGUAUCCUGGGGCUUAAUUCACAAAGUUCCCUUGCAAACCUUUUUGCGUUCCACUGCAAGAUCACAGAUUGGGCCUCAGGGGCCUAAUUUACAAAGCUCUCGUAAGCAACAUCGUGUCAUCUUUGUAUAUCUUUUUACACUGCAUUGCGAGGUUGGAAUAUUGUGACAGUUUACUGAAUUGGGCCCUAGAUUAUUUAGCAAAGUGUCAGUACUUUGGGACUAAUUCACUAAACAUUGGCAAAUUUGCAAUCUUGCAGUGUGAUGCAAACAGAUUUGUAAAGACGAUGCUUUGUUGUCUAAAAGCGUUUUGUGAGUUAGGCACUAAAUCUUGAUCUGUAUACUGUUUGUAUGUGUGAGACUUGCUGAAUUUACAACUUUAUACCGACACACCAUAUAACUAAUUAAAAUGUGUUGAGCGAGUCGUUAAAUAAAAUAUUAAUACUUCCGAUAUUAAUGUAUAGUCUGUGAUAACCCAGCCCAGUAAUUCUCUCAACUAAGUGCCAUUAACACUGUGCUGCACCCCGCCUAUGCUAUUGUCUAUCGCCAACAUUAAGCACAUAUAAAAUGAAGGCGCAAUAAUCACCUUUCAUAAAUUUGGCAGAUAGUGUCUCGAUGUACAAAUUUCUGGUGGAAAGAUCACUGUUCAACCUAGGUGUUCAUUUAAUGUCUAUUGCAGGGUGCUCUGUUGUCAGGGCUGGUCCACAGAUUAUCACAAGGGAGUGGCAGGCAAAUCAGAUGGGUUUAUAUAGUGUUUUAUUUUAAUUUCAACUGUAAUACUGAGAUAUUAAACAUUUAAUGAUUGCAUUUAUGCAUAUGCAAGUGGUUUUCAUUUAAUUUUUUUUUUUUUUUUUUUACAUUCUUUUAGAACAUUUUAACAAAUUAUCUUAAAACAGUUACAUCUUUUUCUCAGGUUGGAGUAUCUGCCUCACAGCCAUUUGUGAUAGAUUAUCAUAUCACCUGUAGUGCAUAAUGCAAAUUAGUAAAAUGGCAUUUUCAUUGUGUAGUAGACAUUAUAUUUUAUUAUUUUGAAAUUAUUUGUAUUGCCUAUGGAUGGUGGGUACUUAACAUAACUGCCUCCCUGCCCCCAUAAGCUUUGUGGAACGGCCCUGGUUGCCUCCCUGUCCCCAUAAGAUUUGUGGAAUGGCCCUGGUUCAACAUCACCAUAUAUUAGCUUAGUUGUUCUGCAAGCAGUUGCAGCUCACAGAAGUCAUAUUUACAUAUUAGUUGGAGAUAUUUUUUAUCAAGUUUUACUUGUUUGUACAAAAUAUAAAUUCACUGACAUCAUGUCAUGCAAGUUAUUUUAGGAACUAGGGUAAUUAAUAUGUAAAAAAAAAACAUUUGCAAAAAAAAAUAAUUGGAAAGUGCCAAAGAACUUACAACCGUUUUUGUUGGUGUAUUUAGCAAUAGACGAGUUAGCGUAAAUGAUUGUGUGAGGCGAGACGUUCGUCCUGCAUUAUCGCGUUGUAUAUAUUGUUGGUCACAAGGCCGUCCGGGCACCAUGUGGUAAUCUGUCUUCAUUCACAUGGUGUUUGAUUUGUCAGGGGAGAUAACUAUAUUGAGGCACACCUUCGCCUCCUCUACGUGUUCUGUGACUCAUGUUUGUGCACACUUUUUUUUUCCUGAAAUAAACAACUGGUUGAAUA